GUAACUGACCGAACCACUUGCUCUCCGUGCAGUAGUAGGCGGCGCACAUCCCGCAUCAUUUUACGUUGCUCCGAGCUAGUCAGACUAACUAGUACGCCCCGUCGUUUCCCCCUCCGUCAGAACAGCCAAAUGCUCAACAGUAACUUAAAUUUAAAAUUCAAUUCAACAAGACAGCCUCUCCCUUCUGUCACCGAAGAGGACAACUAGAACUCAGGCCGUCUUUCUUUGGCAGCUGGCUUCUCGGCGAACGUUAGCCGCUAAAGCUAACGCAAGCAGGUUGGUCUCUUGUCACUGCCAUCAUGAUAUGUGAAGAUCUCGGUUUCAACUAUACACCUGCUAUGGGAAGACAUCACUAAGCCUACAGUGAACAACUUUCCUGGAUGCUUUGACAUACGGGACGCGUUCAAAGAUGGAGAAGAAGAAAAUGUGCCCACGCCUUCUUGACUACUUGGUAGUGGUUGGAGCAAGGCAACCAAGUAGUGACAGCGUGGCCCAGACACCUCAGCUUCUUCGCCGUUACCCACUGGAAGACCAUCCAGACUUCCCCCUCCCACCGGAUGUGGUGUUCUUCUGCCAACCCGAGGGCUGUCUGAGCAUAAGACAGCGCAGAGUUAGUCUGCGUGACGACUCCUCGUUUGUCUUCAUGCUAACUGACAAGGACUCAAGCACCACCCGCUAUGGAAUCUGCGUCAACUUUUACCGAUCUUUUCAACGCGGACAUCACCGUCCUCGAGGAGACAAGAGUGGUCACACAGAGACGCCGUCGAAGGCUGCUGAAACCACCGGCGAAGUGUCAGAUGGCAGCAGUGGAGCGUCAUCCACUGUGUUACCUGCACCUACUAGCACUGAAUCUGUGCCUCCGCCUGCCUCUGCAGAACAGAGUGAGCAGGCAGGUGACGAGCUAAACUCUGGAAGGUCUCCACAGCACAGACGGAACGCUGCCAAGGUGGCAGCUAGAAAUCGCAACAGCACCCUGACCUCCCUGUGCAUACUCAGCCACUACCCAUUCUUCUCCACCUUUAGGGAGUGCUUAAAUAUCCUUAAAAGGCUAGUGGACUGUUGCAGUCAAAGGUUAACUCAGAGAGCGGGCCUUCCACGUGCCACCCAAAGAGACACCAUGUGGCGAGUGUUUACUGGAGCCUUGUCAGUGGAAGAAAAAGGCAGUCAGCUGCUCGCUGAUCUUCGGGACAUCGAGUCCUGGGUGUACAGGCUACUGCGCUCACCUGUGCCGGUGGCGAGUCAGAGGCGUGUGGAUGUGGAGGUGCUGCCCCAUGAACUGAAGCGAGCACUCACCUUUGCUUUGCCUGACAACUCUCGCUUCACUUUGGUGGACUUUCCCCUCCACCUGCCCCUGGAACUGCUGGGUGUGGACGCCUGUCUCCAGGUCCUCAGCUGUGUUCUGUUGGAGCACAAGGUUAUUCUUCAGUCUCGGGAUUACAAUGCUUUGUCAAUGAGUGUCAUGGCUUUUGUGGCUAUGAUCUAUCCUCUGGAGUACAUGUUUCCUGUCAUCCCCUUACUGCCAACAUGUAUGGCGUCUGCAGAACAACUCCUUCUUGCUCCAACCCCUUACAUUAUUGGUGUGCCAGCCAGCUUCUUCCUUUAUAAAUUGGAUUUCAAAAUACCAGAUGAUGUUUGGCUUGUUGACCUUGACAGCAGCAAGGUUAUAGCCCCCACAAAUGCAGAGUCUUUACCACCUCUACCAGAACCCGAAGCAAGCGAGCUUAAGAAACAUCUGAAACAGUGUCUGGUUAGGUUGACCGUGAUCACCCAAAAGCAGAUCUUCUCCUCUGAACAUAAGGCCUUGGCCAGCAUGAGCUUGAACACGCAACCUAUUCUGAACUUGGAGAAGUUCCAGGAAGGACAAGACCUGUCCCUGCUCCCGCCUGGACGAGACAAGGCUUCGCCUUCUUCUACGGAAUUCAACCCUCUCAUUUAUGGCAAUGACGUUGAUUCUGUGGAUGUAGCCACCAGGGUUGCCAUGGUGCGGUUCUUCAAUUCACCAAACGUUCUCCAGGGCUUCCAGAUGCACACUCGCACCUUACGUCUUUUCCCUCGACCGGUGGUCGCUUUUCAGUCCACGUCUUUUCUUGCUUCUCGGCCGAGGCGCUCUCCCUUUGCAGAAAAACUUUCUCACACCCAGGCAGUGGAGUUCUAUGGGGAGUGGGCUCUUAGUCCCACCAACCUGGCAUUUCAGAGGAUACAUAACAAUGUUUUUGAUCCCUCUUUAAUUGGAGACAAGCCAAAGUGGUAUGCUCACCAACUGCAGUCUGUAGUAUACAGAGUCUAUGAUGGGGGCUCCCAGCUAGUCGAGGCAAUGGCCGCUCCCUUGGAGGAGGAAGCCAACGAUUCUGACCCCACAGACAGUGGUAGUGAUAGUGAUGGAUAUGAUGGCUCCAGCUCUUCCUAUUCCUCACUUGGAGACCUGGUGAGUGAGAUGAUUCAAGGGGACAUCCAGGGAGACACACCAAACUUAGAUCCACCCACCCAUGCUGCACUGGGAGAUGCCAGCGAGGUUGAGUUUCAAGACUUGAGAGAUGGUCGUACCACUGAAGGUCUACUUGGUGGAGAUGGAGCUGCCGAGCCAUCUGAUGGACAACCCCUUCGCUCAAGCUCAAGCACAACUGCAAGCUCAAGUCCUAGCACAAUCAUCCAGGGAGUCAACCAUGAACUUGGGGAGGUACCUGAAAUCGAAGCAUCUGCAACUGCAGCUGUACAGAACCCCGUCCCUGGACUGAGUGGGGAGCAGUUCGUCCGACCUGUGGCAGAUGCUGGUCUGAUCGACUCGGCCAACAAAAAGCAAGAGUAUGAUAACCCCUACUUUGAGCCUCAGUACGGAUUCCCAUCGGAAGAUGAUCCUGAUGCAGAGGAGCAAGUAGAAUCCUACACCCCUCGAUUUGUCCAGAACCUUAAUGGCAACAAGGCACAGCGACCUUUACGUCCCAGUAGCCUGAGGCUUCCUGGAGAGUCAGACGGAGAGGGAGACUCGCACAACAGCUCACCAAACUCCACCAUUUCCAACAGCAGCAAUGAUGGAUUUGGAGGACUUAUGUCGUUUGCCAGCAAUCUAUACAAGAACCACGGCACCAGUUUCAGCCUGUCUAAUCUUGCCCUUCCCAACAAGGGAGCGAGGGAGAAGGCAACACCCUUCCCCAGUCUGAAAGAUUCCCCUGACAGCCCGGUUCCUCCAGGUGCACGUGCUCCCCGAGCGCUUGUGGACCAGAAAUCUUCAGUGAUUAAACACAGUCCAACAGUGAAGAGAGAAUCACCAUCGCCUCAGGGUCGAGUCAACAACACAAGUGAGAACCAGCAGUUCCUAAAGGAAGUGGUACAGAGUGUCCUUGACGGUCAGGGCGUUGGCUGGCUCAACAUGAAGAAAGUGCGUCGAUUGUUGGAGAACGAGCAGCUCCGUGUCUUUGUUCUAAGUAAACUCAACCGAGCUGUGCAGUCAGAAGAAGACGCCCGGCAGGAGAUCAUACGUGACGUGGAGGUGAGCAGAAAGGUCUACAAGGGGAUGCUGGACAUCUUGAAGUGCACAGUUUCCAGUUUGGAACAAUCCUACACCAACGCAGGCCUUGGAGGAAUGGCCAGUGUUUUCAGCCUUCUAGAAAUAGCGCGCACACAUUAUCAAACCAAAGACCCAGAAAAGCGCAAGCGAAGCCCCACAGACAGUGCUGGCAGCCCGGGAAGUAAAGAGAGUCCUUCUGGUCGUAUGGAGACGGCCAGACCUCAGGGCCUCCUGAACAUUCCCCACCUGCAGCUGCCUCACCACACAACGGUCAAAGGAGCCCGCCAUUUUGAUACGCGGAGUCUGAACGAGGAGAACUUUAUUGCCUCUAUUGAAUUGUGGAGCAAGCACCAGGAUAAGCAAAAAGCUAUGGAAAAACCACAGAGGGCAGAAGGAGCAAAGCAGCACCGUCCACAGGCGGCUGAUGCAGAGGAGAAGAAAUCCCAGAUCAGUGCAGACAGUGGACUCAGUGUCGCGUCAGGAUCCCAGAAGAGUGACACAGAAUCAGUAACCAGCUCAGAACCGCCAAUCCUGACGAGAAGCACCAGCCAGGACUCAGAGGCUAGCACAGUGAUAAGCAACAGCUCUGGAGAGACUCUGGGAGCUGACAGUGACCUGAGCAGCACAGCCGGAGACGGGCUCGGAGGAAGAACCGCUCCUCAUUUGGCUCAGUCUAGGGGGACGCUGUCUGACAGUGAGAUUGAAACCAAUCCAGCCACGAGCUCUGUGUUUGGAAGGACCCACACUCUGAAACCUGGUGCUAAAGACCACGGGCCUGCGGUGGUUAAAGGGCCACCAACACAACCCAUGGAGGACAUCAGCAUGAGGAUUUACCUUUGUGAAGGCCUGCUGGGGCGGGAUAAGAGCUCCGUCUGGGAUCAACUAGAGGAUGCUGCAAUGGAAACCUUUUCUCUAAGUAAGGAGCGCUCCACCCUCUGGGACCAGAUGCAGUUCUGGGAGGAUGCCUACUUAGAUGCUGUGAUGUUGGAGCGUGAAGGCAUGGGGAUGGACCAGGGGCCACAGGAGAUGAUCGAAAGAUACUUGUCGCUCGGAGAGCAUGACCGCAAGCGCCUGGAGGAUGACGAAGAUAGGCUUCUUGCAACGCUGCUGCACAACAUGAUCGCCUACAUGUUAAUGCUGAAAGUGAAUAAAAAUGACAUCAGAAAGAAGGUGAGGCGAUUGAUGGGCAAGUCACACAUAGGCCUCACAUACAGCCAAGAGAUCAACGAAAUACUGGACAAACUGGCCAACAUGAACGGCCGUGAGCUGUCUACCAGGCCCAGUGGAAGCCGCCACAUCAAGAAGCAAACCUUUGUUGUCCAUGCUGGCACCGACACCACAGGAGACAUAUUUUUUAUGGAGGUCUGCGACGACUGCAUCGUCCUGCGCAGCAACAUCGGCACCGUUUACGAGCGCUGGUGGUACGAGAAGCUCAUCAACAUGACCUACUGUCCCAAGACCAAGGUGCUGUGUCUGUGGAGACGCAACGGCCAAGAGACCCAGCUCAACAAGUUUUACACCAAAAAGUGUCGUGAACUUUACUACUGUGUGAAGGACAGCAUGGAAAGAGCUGCAGCAAGGCAACAAAGCAUUAAACCAGGUCCAGAACUGGGCGGCGAGUUCCCCGUCCAGGACAUGAAGACCGGGGAAGGUGGACUUCUUCAAGUCACGCUGGAGGGAAUCAACCUCAAAUUCAUGCACAGCCAGGAGCGGAAGGUUUUCAUAGAGCUGAGUCACAUUAAAAAGUGCAAUACAGUGAAGGGGGUCUUUGUCCUGGAGGAAUUUGUUCCUGAAACUAAAGAAGUGGUGAUCCAUAAGUACAAGACCCCCAUGGCGCAUCAGAUCUGUUACUCCGUCCUGUGUCUGUUCUCGUACGUGGCUGCAGUGAAGGGGAAAGACGCCGACGGAAAACCCAAGAUGCUCUCUCCGAGGCCUCUCCCUAGUUAGUCCCCGCCCCCCGCGCUGCACCUCCCGCUCCGUCCGUCUCCCUCAACGUGCCUCUCUACUUGAAAUGGCAUCUCAGACUUUUGACAAUCCCCAACUUAAGUAAGCACACGCCCCUCCCCGUCGUCCCGUGUACGUACCACCGUGUAGAUGCAGCUGUGUAAACACGUGAUGUCAUGUAAAUAAUCUCAUCCUGUCGUUCACGCCCGACCACUGAAGCACUCGCCCGCUCCUUCCACUCCUCAUCUUUCUUCUUGUUUUGUCUGCUGCCAAGAACUACAGUGAGGGCUUCCCCUCAGAGUGCAUGCAGGACCUGUGCACAGCCUUGAUGUGAACCACAGCGCCCCCGCCCCCGUCCCCAUUCAGCUGUGUUAUUCUGUGAUGUGUGGUUAUUGUAAAGUUCCAGUCUGUCCAAGUAUAAACUGGUGAAACAUCCAGAAGCCCUCCUACAGCGUGGAGACCCCCGACCCCCGCACACUGGACCACAGCCACGCAUGUAAAGGCUCCUCCACGGUGUUUGAACCCUGAAAACUGUGAGUGUCCCGCCUCUAGAUUUCCCCUUAGAUCUCUCGUCUGUGCUCUGCUCUUGUUCCCUGCAUGUGACUAUAGGAAAAUAAAUAUUAUAUAUAUAUUUCUAUAUAUAGUAUUUAUUUAAUAUAUACAUUUUCUGACUGUACAUUGAUCUGAAAAAAAAUGUUACAAAAAUGUUUAUUUGCUAGAUGUGCAAUACUUCAGUAGUUAGCCAUUGCCGGGUGUUUGGAGUGACCCGGCGCUCACAGGGUGAGGAAUGUAAGAGAUUUUCUUUUCUAUCGGUGCGUUUCGGUCAGAGAUUUUAGUGCGGCGUGUUUGUUCGGUGUCUUUAAAGAUUUAACGUCGAUCAAUCGAUUGCACCAGGCAGAAAACUGCUUUUUUUCUUCUCUUUUUAGGAGGAAGGCUUGUUUGUCAGCAGGUGCUGAAGAGUAAAGAGGUCAUGUCGCAGUUUGACAGAAGACCAGAGGGGGGAGCUCUGCUCCUGUCCUCCUCUGCACCCCACGGGUCCUAAAAUCUGCUUCUAGAAACGGUCUUUAGAAAUCAUCGCAUACUAAUGAACACAAAGUUUGGUUGUAUUUGUUUCAUAAAUUGGAAAACAGUCCAAGUAAGCAGGAGUAGAUUAUUCCAACAACCUGUGUAAGAUGCCAAGUCUUAAAAGGUUACUGCAUUUUUGUGAAAAAACACUUCACACCUGCUGACAGAAGGCUCCGCCCUCACCUGCCUUUAAACAGAUUUCAUUGUUUUUCCUGUGAAUUGUCAAAAAGGUUGGUAGAGUUAUGUGUACGUAAACUGAUUGAAGAAACAAGGUUUCCAGGAAAAUCAAGAGUCUGUUUUUGAAUUGAUCAGGAAAGCAGUUUGCUGCUCUGUGAUCGACUUGUCAUGCCUGCAGCUGAACUGAUCGGCUCCUCCAGGAAGUAAUAAAAGUCCCUCCAUCGCUAAUUUCUCUCACGGUUUAAGCGUGCGUGUGUGUGUGUGUGUGUGUGUAUGCAGUUUCUCCAGAUCAGCAAUAUAUUGGAAGAGGUUUUAUUUUGAUCCUGAUGUGCUUGUAUUUUCAUAGGUUUACUGUGCAAAGGAAAGGUAUAAUAAACAAAACUCCAUUUCAAAAUAAGAUGUGGGAGUUUGUUUGUUUUUUUUGCUUUAUAUGAACAUUUCAGUUUUAUCUGUCAGUUGCUCCAAAAACAUUCAAAUGAUACUGGAAGUAUUCUGGUAUGAAUGGAUAAUGUGCAGCUUUGGUUAUAAAUAAAGUUGUUCUAAAUGAA